CUCACAACAACCUACCAAAAGGUCAAGCACGCCCUCUGCUUCUUCUCUCUGCUAACAAAUUUGUUAUUUUCUUCUCUUCUUUUUCUUCUUUUUCUCUGUGUCUUUUACCAGCAACCAAUAAUUUAUAACCUUAUUAUAUAAAUUUCUUCCUCUUCUUAUCUUCUUAUAGGUGGAAGACUCAAGUCUCUCCAUUUUCUCUUUCUUCCCCUAAAUUCUAUGAGAUUUCAGUUUCUACCCACUAAUUCUUGAUUCCUCCUCUUGUUUCUUGUUCUGGGUUUUUCUCAGUGCAAUUCCUUUUUCUGUCUCUCUUUCUUGUCUAAGCUGUACAUAUUCUUAUUCUCAAGGUUGGUUAUAAUUAGCUCAUACUUAUGUCUCCAGCUGCAAUUGAGAGAACAAUGCUGGAAUCCGCAUGUUCAAAGUCCAGUGCAGAGAGUCGUCGUUGUUUUGCAAAUCUUAGAGGGGUUCAAUGGCGUAUAGAUCUUGGGAUUCUGCCUUCUCCCUCUUCUUCUACGAAUGACGAUCUUCGCAGAGUCACUGCCGAUUCUCGUAGGAGAUAUGCUUCUUUAAGACGGUGUAUGCUGGUUGAUCCACAUUUGCCAAAGGAUGGAAGUAAUUCUGCUGACCUUGCUAUAGACAACCCAUUAUCACAAAACCCAGAUAGUACCUGGGGACGCUUCUUUCGGAAUGCAGAACUAGAAAAAACAGUUGACACGGAUUUAUCACGUUUAUAUCCAGAACAUGGGAACUAUUUCCAGUCUCCUGGAUGUCAGGGAAUGUUAAGAAGAAUUUUGUUAUUGUGGUGCCUUAGACAUCCUGAGUAUGGUUAUAGACAAGGAAUGCAUGAACUUUUGGCUCCCUUAUUAUAUGUUCUACACGUUGAUGUGGAGCUACUCUCUAAAGUGCGGAAGCAGUAUGAAGACCAUUUUACGGACAAAUUUGAUGGUUUAUCAUUUCAAGAUAAUGAUCUCAUGUACAACUUUGAUUUCAAAAAGUAUUUAGAUUCCAUGGAAGAUGAGAUUGGUUCUCAUGGUAAUGCCGCCAAAGUUGGGAGUCUUGAUGAGCUUGAUCCUGAGAUACAAACCAUUGUAUUGCUAAGUGAUGCUUAUGGAGCUGAAGGUGAAUUGGGAAUUGUUUUGUCUGAGAAAUUUAUGGAACAUGAUGCUUAUUGUAUGUUUGAUUCUUUGAUGAAUGGGGCUUAUGGUGCAGUUGCCAUGGCACAAUUUUUCUCUCCAUCCCCUGCAGGAGGGUCACAUUCUGGGUUACCUCCUGUUAUUGAAGCUUCUGCUGCAUUGUACCAUUUGCUGUCUGUUGUUGAUUCAUCUUUAUACAGCCACCUUAUUGAGCUUGGUGUUGAGCCACAGUACUUUGCACUUCGCUGGUUGCGGGUUUUAUUUGGACGAGAAUUUUCACUUGAAAACCUCUUAUUAAUAUGGGAUGAAAUAUUUGCAGCAGAUAAAAAUAAAUUAGAGAAAGGUGCAGAAGAUGAUGUGGUUUCCACUUUUGGUGUUUUUAGUUCACCACAGGGAGCAUUGAUCUCGGCUUUUGCAGUUUCUAUGAUACUUUAUUUGAGAUCUUUACUGCUUGCAACUGAAAAUGCUACUACCUGUCUCCAGAGGCUAUUGAAUUUUCCAGAGAAUAUAGAUCUGAGAAAACUUGUAGAUAAGGCAAAAUCUUUACAGGCUCUUGCAUUGGGGCCUAGUACCUCUUUCUUCUCUCCUCGUUUUGGUGAGGCUUAUAACCAUAAUAAGUCAAUGGCGGUGAGAAGUCAUACUCUUUCAUGUGAUUCUGUUUCUCCAAAAACUCCUCUAAACAUGGUGCCUGAAAGCUAUUGGGAAGAAAAGUGGAGAGUUUUGCACAAAGCAGAAGAACUCAAGGAUGGUAGUUCAGGGAAGCAAAAUCCAACCUCAAAAAAAGGAUGGACAGAAAAAGUAAGAUUGACUCUAUCUAGAACAGCAUCUGACCCAUCUCCAGCAAAAGUUGGUCGUGGCAAGGACCAUAAGCCAUAUGUUAGGCGCCAUUUGCUUGAAGAUUUAUCUCGUGAACUUGGCUUCGAUGAAGAUUCUGAGAAAGCAGGCUGUGAUGGAGUUUCCGGUCAGAAGGACCAUAUCUGUGCAGCAGUUGGGGUGGAGGAUCGGGAUUGUCUAAAUAAGUACUUCACUUGUGCAGCUGAGGAGAGAUGUCCGAGUGGAAAUGCUGGCAGUGAGGAAAACUCAUCUGUAUUCUCAGACCCCUCUAGUCCUCUCAGUGGUGCCAACAAUCAUGAAAAUGACUCAGAGAAAAGUAGUGUUGCAUCGAAUUUGUCAGUUGAUGAAACAGAUGAUCAUCCUGAGGUUAUCCAAGAAGAUGCAACACUUCCUGUUUCCCAUCUCCCCAAUGACGCCACUCUAAUUUCUGGGAGCAACAAUGAAACAACUGAAAAGUCUGUGACAGCUCCGAAGGAGCGGAAGCUUCUUUCUGGUAAAUUCCAAUGGUUUUGGAAGUUUGGACGGAGUAAUGUUGACGAGGAGACAUGUGAAAAAGGAAGUGGGGCAAUUGAUGUUACAAAAUCUGCCAAUGAUGCUGGUACUCAGAGCAGUGCAAUAUGCUCUUCCGUUGAUGGAUCUUGCAAUUCUUACAGUAGUACAAAAGGAGAUGUUGUGGACCAGAAUAUGAUGGGUACUUUGAGGAAUCUUGGCCACUCUAUGCUAGAACAUAUUCAGGUUAUAGAGUUAGUUUUCCAGCAAGACAGGGGUCAGGUAGGGUCAUUGGAAAAUUUCUCUAAAAACGUUAUAGUUGGCAAAGGACAAGUUACAGCCAUGACAGCUCUUAAGGAGCUUCGAAAAAUCAGCAAUCUUCUAUCUGAAAUGUGACUUGAGCUUUUAGCUACAUAUGUAUAUACUUUUUAUAAUUACUAUUCUUUUAGUGUACAAUAAAGCUAGUUUCUGGCUUCUCUUA